GGAGAAAACUCAAACCUCGCACUUCCUUCGGCUUCUUGUUCCUCCUCUUUUUCUCUGGGAGCUCGUUCUCCGUCAAUCUCUUCUUUACGUUGUGAGACGCAUCUAUCCUAUUUUUAUCGUGUAAAUUAAUUAUUUUUUCUGUAGGGUUUUCCGAAGUCGACCUCCUUUCGUCUAAAUCAACUAGAACUCACCAGAACAGCUUUUUCCCUCUGUUUCGUCUUAGAGUUUCUGUGAUUUGUCAAAAAUGUGGUAGCUUCUAUCCGCGCUAAUUUUCUAGCAUCGUUGAAGUUUUGUAUUUCUGCCCAAUUAGUCAUCCAUGCUCUGCAUUUGCUCAGUUUUUGAGAUUCGUUGGCUUUGUGCCGAAGUUUCUCUUGGCUUGGUCUUGGAAGCUCACUAAGGGACUGGCUGGCAGGUAGAUUGGGAGCCUUCUAGAGUUGAGAUGAAUAGCGUGUUUAGUGAACAGAUUCUUGCGGACAAGCUGUCGAGGCUUAACAGCACCCAGCAGUGUAUUGAAACUUUAUCACAUUGGUGUAUAUUUCACCGGAGUAAAGCAGAAUUGGUUGUUGAAACAUGGAAUAAACAAUUCCACAAUUCAGAGAUGGUUCAGAGGGUGCCCCUUCUAUACCUUGCAAAUGAUAUUUUGCAGAACAGCAAGCGGAAAGGAAAUGAAUUUGUGACUGAGUUUUGGAAGGUUCUUCCUGCCGCACUUAAAGAUGUUAUUGAGAAAGGUGAUGAUCAUGGAAAGAACGUGGUAUCUAGAUUGGUUGAUAUAUGGGAGCAAAGGAGGGUGUUUGGAUCUCGGGCACGGAAUCUUAAAGAUGUAAUGCUUGGAGGAGAAGCACCGCCACCAUUGGAACUCAACAAAAAGCGAUCUCGUUCUGUAAGAAUUAUGAAAAGGGAUUCUCGCUACAUUAGAACGAAAUUGUCCAUUGGAGGUGCAGCAGAAAAAAUAGUCUCUGCAUUUCAUUUGGUGCUCAGUGAACAAAUGAGUGAAGAUGCAGAGAUGAAAAAAUGCAAGUCUACCGUUCAGCGUGUAAGAAAGAUGGAGAAAGAUGUUGAUAUUGCAUGCUCUGUUGCAAACGAUCCAAAGCGAAAAACUUUGGCAAAGGGACUAGAGGAGGAAGAAACUCUCUUGAGACAAUGCAUUGAAAAACUUAAAUUAGUUGAAGCCAGUAGAGUAGCGCUUGUAUUGCAGUUAAAAGAAGCUUUGCAUGAGCAGGAAUCUGAAUUGGAGAAUAUUCGUACUCAAGUGCAGGUAGCAGAAGCACAAGUUGAGGAGGCUAACAACAUGAGGAAACGACUAGACGAUGACAACUUUGUGCAGAAAGCAUCUUCUUUGGCAACCGAUGCAAAUACGAAAUCUGAAGCACCAAAUAAGAAGUCGGCUGCAGCAAUUGCUGCCGAGGUUGCAGAUAAGCUUGCGGCUUCUUCCUCUUCCCAAUUGAUCAUGACUUCUGUUCUCUCAACAUUUGCAGCUGAAGAGGCAAAAAAUGCUGGUCUCUCUUCUGCGUCCUCCUCAAACCCUGAUAAGUCGACACCUGAGUCAGAUCCCAAUGCUUUUAGGUCUACACAGAAGAUGGUGCCUGCACCUAGUCAUUCAUUUACUUCAGUUAUGGUGGCCCAACCAACAAUGCAAAAUCAAGCCCCUGCAUCACAAGGUCAAUAUCAUUUACUUGGUAAUCCCACGUCGCAGCAGUAUAUGCAAUCAACAGCAGUAAUCCCUGGUUAUGGGUAUGGAAGCGUCCCUCCCUUAGCACCCAGACCACCCCCACCCCCACCUCCCCCACACAUGGUGGGGCCAGUAAUGCCUAUAGCACAUCAGACACUGCAAAUGAGCCAGCAUCAACCUGCGCCUGUAAACCAGCAUCAACCAAUAACAAUGUCGCAGCAAGCCCCAGUGCCUCCUAGUUUCCGGCCUCUCCAGCCGCCAGGAAUGGUAUAUUAUGGUAAUCACCACCAUUCUUUAUGAGGCUUACGGUGGGUAGACUAAUUAAAAUGACCUUGUUUAAAUUAAGAGCAAUCUCUGGAGAUUUUGGAAUUUUAUGUAUGCCAAUGGUCGUACCUGCGAUUGAGCUUUUAUGGGAUAGACCGAAAAAGGAGCUAACCCAUUACACGAUUCUAAAUACAUGAAUUUGGUUGGGCGAGUGAGGAGGGUUCACAAAACCAGAGUGCUAGUCUCCCAAACUAGGAAAAACAAAACAAGAGAAGGAUUUUUGUAUCAAAAGAUUGGGAUGAGUUUCAAUUUUGUUU